CUGAAUCAGGCAGGGAUAGCGUCGCAUAGCUUCCUAGAUUUGGUCGGCACAGUGUUCAUCCCUCGACUGUGGGCCCUGACCGUAUGGCUCCCCCUCCAUGAUUCCAUUUUGUCUACAGGUUACAGACACACGAAUCGCCAAACAUCGGUUUGGCGAAUUGAAGGCCCCGCGUCAGUACCUCCAAUGCGGGUUAAUUGCUUCCUUGCUCAAGAGGAGGAUGCCACAGGAACCAGCCCCCCAGUGCCAGCCCCUCAGAGGGCUUAAUAUCAAAGUCGGGGCCAUGCCACCACCGUCCCCCUCGAUUGGCUAUGGGGCUGAACUUUGUGCUUCUCCUCCUUCAGACUUGCGCCGCACGCUGGCUCUUGGGUCCGCCUUGCUGUGGGCACGAACCGGAGCUCCGAUGUUAGACACGGUCCAAUGGCCCCCAGUUGGUAAUGCUCUGCGAGUUUCGUCCUGUUCUCGGGCCAAUUCGACCCCGUGGGCCUCAUUUGCAACAAACGCUGGUUGUGAUCCAUCCGUCCCUAGCGUUAAAGCUGGAUCAUGUAUCAGCUCCUGGACCUUCAAUGCUCACUGCCAUUGUUCGGACAAUCGGAAUGCGCGCAUGGAAGCAUCCAUGUGCCACUGCCUAGCUGCUGUCAUACUUUUCCAAGUGGCCAUCGGCUCAUCAUUGAAAGGCUCUAUAAUAGGUAGCACAAAACCAACACAUCAGCAUCAAAGCCACGCGUUGCGUACGCCAUUGCAAUGCAAAUCAUCAGUAAACAUGACGGCUCUGGAAUAUUACUGGUUGCAUUCAAUGUUGCAGUCAAGUCUUACUGUUCUGGCCCCAACUUUAACUAAAGUCCAUCCAUCUAUGUAUAAUUCAACAGGUCUAAGUAGUUAUUAAGCGCUCCCGGACAGGGAUGGAGGAUGCGACAGGACGACAAUUCUGCUUCUCGGAGAGUUUGCGGACACCGAAUGUACCUG